AUGCCACGCAUUUCAACUAAGACUAUCCAUGAAGCAUACAAAAUAAAUCCAUUUUUACCAUUAUUACUACCAGAAUGUAGAACUAUUUCCCAGGCUAAAUUAGAAUUGAAAUGGAUCAAUCAAGAGUUUGCUAAAACUGCCCCAGAUCAUUAUACUUUACAGAAAAAUAUCAAAAAAGCUUGCAUUCAACGAUUUCAUCACAUACCAUUGCAAUACAUUUUAAAAUCUCAACCAUUUGGUUCACUUAAUAUAAAAUGCCAACCGUGUGUACUGAUUCCAAGAUGGGAAACUGAAGAAUGGGUAAUGGAUUUAAUCCAAUCAAUUAAAAAUGGAAAACAAAGUUUAGAAAGCAAAAACCAAAUAUCAAUUGUAGAUUUGUGUACGGGUUCUGGCUGCAUUGCUUUACUCCUCAAAAGAGAACUUUCCAAAAUUUUAAAUAGUAAUUUAAAUGUAAAAGCUGUCGAUUGUUCUGAUUCUGCAAUUGACUUAGUCAAUAGAAAUAAACUUGAAUCAUCAGAGGAUCCAAUUGAUAUAGAGGUUUUGAAAUUUGAUAUUCUGCAGAGUAAUAAUAUAGAUUCAAUUUUAUCAAAUCAAAAAAUUGAUAUUCUUACUUGCAAUCCACCUUACAUACCUAAGUCAGAUUUCCAAAGAGAUGUUACAAAGUCGGUUAAGUUAUUUGAGCCAAAAUUAGCAUUGAUAGGGGACAAAGAAUUCUAUUCAAAUCUGUUAGAAAAAUGGAUCCCACAUAUAAAUUCAUUUGUAUAUGAGGUAGGGAACAUCGAUCAGGUGAAAUUCGUUAAGGAUUAUAUAUCUAAUGACAAUACUCUAAACAAGAUAUGGACCGUUGGUUCAAAAUACGAUUCCAAUAAGCAAUGUAGAGUUGUUUAUGGAUAUGUCAAUUCACCAAAUUCUAGUUCUUAUGAUAUCUCAAAAAUAUUCUCUAAUUUUGGGACUGUUAUUCAUCCUAGUAAAUGA